AUGGUCGCCACCACGCCGACGACAGGCAGAAAAUUGGCGGCCGGACUUGGCGAGGAAAGAGAUCAUGUCGAUGAAACUACAGCUCUUCUACCGUCCGGCACAGACGGUCUGUCAGCGCCAGAUGGCUCUGGAGACGAAAAGCCUCUGCCUAAGCUUCAGGUCCUGCUGCUCUGCUAUGCCCGGGUGAUAGAGCCCCUGGCCUUCUUCUCCAUCUUCCCUUACAUCAACCAGAUGGUCCAGGACAAUGGGGGCGUUGCGGACUCGGAUGUCGGCUUCUACAGCGGGCUCAUCGAGUCAUUAUUCUCCCUAACACAGGCCAUCGUCAUGAUAUUCUGGGGCCGAGCAGCCGAUAGCAUCGGGCGCAAGCCCGUCCUGGUCUUCUCUUUGCUCGGCGUGACCGUGGCGACGGGCCUCUUCGGGCUGGCAAAGACCAUCGCGCAAAUGAUCCUGUUCAGGUGCCUUGCCGGCGUCUUUGCUGGGACUAUCGUCACCAUCCGCACCAUGGUGGCCGAGCACAGCACAGCCAGGACUCAGGCCCGGGCAUUCAGCUGGUUCGCCUUCAGCGGAAAUCUGGGCAUCUUCCUGGGGCCUCUGUUGGGCGGUGCCCUUGCCGACCCGGUACACCAGUACCCGAGCGCCUUCGGAGCCCUCCGCUUCUUCGAGGACUAUCCCUACGCGCUCUCGAGCCUGGUGGUGGCACUGGUGGGAGCCACCGCUGCCGUGACCAGCGCCUGCUUUGUUAGCGAGACGUUGAAGAAGGAGCCGGCUGCGGCGGACCGCGAUAACGAGGAGGCCGUAUCCGACGCGCCAGCCCAUAGCGGCGACCUCUCGACGUGGCAGCUUCUCAGAUCACCGGGGGUGGGGAUAGUCAUCUACACGUACGGGCACAUCAUGGUCCUCGCCUUUGCUUACACAGCCAUUGUCCCCGUCUUUUGGUUCACCCCCACGCACCUCGGGGGAUACGGCUUUACCCCCCUGCAAAUUUCGCUGAUGAUGGGUCUGAGCGGCGCUGCCCAGGCCGCGUGGCUCCUCUUGGUCUUCCCCCCGUUGCAGCAGAGGAUCGGGUCGAACGGGGUGAUACGCUUCUGCGCCUUUGCCUAUCCGUGGUUCUUCCUGUUCUGCCCCCUUGGCAAUGUCCUCCUGCGGCUAGGGACCGAGGCAUCCGUUAAAGCUUUCUGGGUCUUCGCGCCCACGAUGCUGGUCAUCGGCUGCGGAGUUAGCAUGAGCUUCACAGCGAUCCAGCUCGCCCUGAACGACAUUGCACCUUCACCGAGGGUCCUAGGUACGCUGAACGCGUUGGCCUUAACCGGCGUCAGCGGUCUGAGGGCCUUCUGCCCGGCCCUCUUCACCAGCCUCUUCGCACUAGGGGCGAGGACACAGCUGGCGGGGGGCUACGCUAUCUGGAUAUUCCUGUUCCUGCUCGCUGCUGGUUUGUCGAUUGCAGCAAGGUACCUUCCAGGGCCUCAGGGGUCCUACAGGUGCCGGAACAACUAAGAAAGGUGAUAGUUUCCGUCUUCCUGAAAGGAGGAAGGGGCACUGCAUCAUACCAAUUCCAAACCACGUGUAUCUAGCUUGAGAGCUGAACCUAGAGCAAUAACCACUUCAGCAGCGUCAAUACGAUGCACGUCACUUGAUGGCUAUAAUCAUGAGUUAAGCCCACACAUUGACAUAUUACGCUCUCCAAGCCCUUCCAGGUUUUCCUGCAGCGCUGUCAACUGUCACGGGCACGUGGUACCAUCAACUGACCUAUUAUUCAUGAUCUAUCUAAUCUAAUUCUUAGAGAUAUCUGCUUUGGAACCGGCAAUAUAACUGCUUCUCUGAACGUCAAGAACGUCAACCGUUAAAACGACGCGGGAGGGCACGGAUUGUGGUUGAGAGAAAGAAUCAGAGCAAAUGCCAGCAGGUCUACAGGAGCUCCUCAUAUUUAUGCACGCACGCAUCCUUGGUCCACCGGCGUAACCGUUUCCCCCAAAUCCAGAGAGGUAUGGCCAGGAAGAGCGGUAGCAUUGUGAACGUGAACCAGACCAUGAGCGGCACCAUCAAGCCAUGUGCUUCGCCCAAACUGGGAACCCAAUAUGACAUGGCGAAGCCAGAGUCGACGGCAUAAGCGAUUCCAAUGGUGGGAACACUUGUAAUGCCCAGCCCUGCACUGCCGUAUCCCAAGACCACAAGAACUGGCCAAGGCCACCUGUACUGUGUUGCUGCGGCGGUAAGGGCCAUUCCCACAGCCAGCGCAAUACCGAACGGGAUGAGCGCCGGUAAGCGCAUCUCCGCUUCGCGAAUCCCGUUGUUUCUGAUCGUUGCACGCUUGAUCAUCCAAUCCGAGAAAGGGCCGGCGGUCAGGACGCC